CAAAAAUUCUCUCUCUCCACCUCUCGAGCUCUCCCACCCACUCGCAUCUCUCUUUCUCUCUCCUCUCCGGUACCUGCGUCUCCCAUCUCUCUCUAUCUCUCUCAAAAUUCUGUGUCGAAGUUCCAACAAGUAGCAACCACGAAGGAACAGUGAAACAAGGGGUAGAGAGUGAGAGAGAAUAAGAGACGGAGAGGGAGAGAGAGAGAGAGAGAGUGAUUGAGGAUGACAACACGACAAGAGAAAUUUUCAGUAGAUUUGGUGAUGGGAGGGGUGGCGGCGGUAAUAUCAAAGAGUGCAGCAGCGCCGAUUGAGAGAGUGAAGCUUUUGCUGCAAAAUCAAGGAGAGUUGUUAAAGAGAGGAAUGCUAAAGAAACCUUAUAAGGGUGUUGGUGAUUGCUUUGGAAGGGUCUUGAAGGAGGAGGGUGCAUUGUCCUUUUGGAGAGGUAACCAGGCUAAUGUCAUACGAUAUUUCCCAACUCAGGCUUUCAACUUUGCAUUUAAAGGUUACUUCAAGAGCCUCUUAGGACGCUCGAAAGAGAAAGAUGGUUACAUUAAGUGGUUUGCUGGAAAUGUUGCUUCAGGGAGUGCUGCCGGAGCAACCACUUCAUUAUUUCUUUAUCAUUUGGAUUAUGUACGAACCCGUCUAGGUACUGAUGCGAAGGAGUGCCCGCUUAAUGGUCAACGCCGAUUUAAAGGGUUACUAGAUGUUUACCAGAAAACAUUGUCCAGUGAUGGAUUUAAAGGCCUUUAUCGUGGAUUUAGUGUAUCGAUUAUGGGAAUUACACUUUACAGGGGCAUGUACUUUGGGAUCUAUGACACUAUGAAGCCUAUUGUUUUGGUGGGGCCUUUACAGGACAAUUUCUUUGCUUGCUUCUUGUUGGGUUGGAGCGUGACUACAGUUUCUGGGGUCUGUGCCUAUCCCUUUGAUACCGUCCGACGAAGAAUGAUGCUAACUUCAGGACAACCCUUGAAGUACCGUAAUGGCAUGCAUGCACUCCGCGACAUCAUUCGUCUUGAGGGGUUUAGUGCACUGUUUCGUGGAGUUACUGCAAACAUGCUUGUUGGUGUGGCAGGGGCUGGAGUACUUGCAGGCUAUGAUCAACUGUACCGAAUUGCAUAUAGGCAACGUGGUCAUGGUUUUGAGCCUCAGAGAGCCUUGAAGUGAAAAUAUUUUGCAGAGUUUAUACUAGUGUAAGCUUGAAGCGAAGAUCGUGUGCAGAGUGCAACAAAUUGUAUACAGGUAUAGCUUGAUAUUGAUUCUACCCUCCAAAAGGUACUGUAAAUUGAAGAUUAAAAUACUGGUUUCUUUGCUUGGUGGGAAUUUGGGGAUACUGCAGAGUAGAUGCCAUGGUUCAAAUUCAAUCAUGACUGUCUUCUCUAUAUUGAGAAAAUUUCAGGGAAUGAACAACUCACUGUCGCCAGAAGGAUCCUCCAGUGGAUAUUGAGAGAGAGGGAGAGAGAGGUUCAAAGGCUCCCACUUUAUUGUCUGUAUAGUUGAUCAAUUUACAUUGACUCAUAUGCAACACCAAUGGUUGGAUUUGUUGGUUUGUUUAUUAGAGUUUGGACAAAAUUUUAAGUAGAAUAGAACCAUUAUGCUCCAAUUUGUAUGACUUUUUGCAAUUGUAUAAAUUUAUAGGAGGCAAAUCCGGACACAGAAUUUGUUUGUUGUGCAA